AUGUCUUUUUCAGAUGGAAGAAAGCUUUUUGGUGGCUAUAAAAUUACGCCAAAGUUUUGUAUGGACGCGAAAGCCGCCAAAUCUGAUGUAAAAAUUCAUGGACCAGCCAUUUGUAUGUUCAAUCACGAAUGUGUUGAAAGAAAAGGAAGAGUCAUUGGAGCUUGCAUGGAUGGAAUUCGAACACGGUCACAUCUGUUUUAUUCUUCACCCAUAAAUAGUUUUCUGUUUGGGACGUGUUGUCUAUUAUCUGGUGAAGUUGAAACUUCUUUAGCUGAUGCCAGCAGCUAUGAAUCUCAAGAACUGAAAGACAAUACAAAUAAGAUGAAAGAACAUAACAACAACAAGCCUCUUGUAAUAAAUAAUCAAUUUUACGGGUCGAAUGCUGCUGAUGAAGAUGAAAGUUUAUAUGAGAAUACGAAAAUUGAGGUUUCGAAUGAUGCUGUGGUUGUUUCAUCGCCAGCUUACGGUGAAAAAAUUACUUCUUCGAAUUAUCCAACAGAAUCUAGUUUUCAAUCAACACAAUAUGGUGCUAGUCAUAGUCACUCACCAGGUUAUUCAACAGAACUCCCGACCCGAAUUCAUUCGACAACACAAUUGUCUGACGAGUACGAAAUGAAUAAUUUCCCAGCUGAAAAUCACUUUAGUAAGAUUCCGUAUGAUCACAGCGGCAUAUCUUAUUCACCAAGCGAUGCUGAAGUAUUGUCGGAAGAUAAUCUCAUCAGUUCAUACCCGUCAUCAACUCCUGAGACUUUUGUUACUGGAACAAGCACAGAAGCUUUUGACUAUAAUAAUAACAAAAAUAAAUUCUCGAAGCCAAUUUUCAAACUGAAACCUACGCAGAGUCAAACUGCUUCAACUGAAAAGUUUGUUCUCGUUCACACAAUUUCGAAUGAGAAAGUAAACGAAGCAAAUCAAGAAAAUCAUACGAAACGACCUUCAACAAACGAAUCCAUUCAAUCAAUAAUCUUGAUGUUGAAUGGAAGUAAUCCAGGACCAGGACCUGAAUACAAUGUUGACUCGAUGAAUAAUUAUGUGUCGGGUUCAACACCGUCAUAUGGCGGUGGUAGCACGGUAAUGAUCGAUCAAGAUAAAUAUGGCUCGUCAAGUUAUUAUAUUACGACAAAGAUUCCUUCAUCAUCUUCAACAAGCUACGUUUAUCCAACCCGUAGACAGCCAACAAAAACCACAACGGUGAAAAAUGCCAACAGAAUAAAAAUCACAUCAACAACUCAAUCUCCUCCAACAACAACUCCACCAAAUGUCCCUUCAACGAGUUAUGUUUAUUCGCCGAAGCCAAUUAGGAAACGUCCAACCGUCACAUCAUCCACCGUAUCGCCAUCAACCUUAAUCAAAAAGCAGACCACAAAUAUCGUAAAGAAGACGACACCGAAACCAUUAAUAAUUGUGAAAAAGCCAACGUCUAAUGUUGGGGGCAAUUACGUGGUUAUUUCAGGUGGUGGUAUCACAAAACAUCCAUCACCGACGGUUCAUAUUACCCCAAAGCCUAUCGUUAACAUUUUAACAUCAAGUACGGUAAAUCAAAUGAGUAAUAUACAAACAAAGCGUCCUUCUGGCAUAAAUGCACCCAAACCUUCAUCGUCAGUUACCGAACGACCAGUUUUCAUGAGUACAACUCCCGGUACAUUUAUUUCAUCGUCUAUUUAUGUUCCAGCGAUACAAGAUUUCCAUAACGAAGGAUAUUUUGUUGUGACACAUCAACCUGCUGCAGCGGGUGUUUCAUCAACAGCUGUUUACACAAUCAACUCAGGAAUAUUAAAUUCGAAUGAUGUUAAACUAUCUGAAAAUGAUUCGGUGGAUCUAAAUGAUGAAACAUCUGUGAUAAAUAAUGAUGACUUGAGUAACUUUCCUCCAGUGCGUAAUCCGAAUUUAAAUUUAACAGCAGUAAACACGGUCAUAAAUGAAGCAGAAAUAUCAACACCUGAGUUUGUUGAUGAUGAGAAGCUUACCAGUAAGAUUGAUUUGCUCGUUACGAAACUUGUUGCAUCGAUGCAAGGAAAUUUAGAAAAUUUAAUUGAUAUUGUUUAUGAACGUAAGAAUGUUACCACAGUGGAACAAAAUUUAAUAAAUGUGAAGAAGAAUGGAACAAUUCAGGCAACAAAGCCAACAAAAGUGAGUAACACGAAGCCAUCAAAUGUCAAGGUUACGACGAAAGCACCGACGAGAGGAACAACCGGGAGGCCUAGCCAACAGACGACGAAAAAAACCGCCACAAAAGCUACAACAAAAAAACCGUCGACAGCCAUCAAAAAGCCAACGUCAAAGCCCGGCUCGAAUAACAGUCAAACAAGCAAGAAGCCUCCAGCUCGUGUCACGACAACCGUUUCAACGAAAAAGCCCACAAGGAAGGUCACUACGACAACAACAUCAACAACUGAACGUGCACCAGCCAAUGAUGAGUUGAUUCAAGAAGAAGGAGAAGAUGGAGCGACAGGGGAGAAUGAAGAUGAAAAUGUCGUCGAUGAGAGUGAAGUUGAAGCAACUCCAGCCCCUCUUGAGAAUGGAAGAAUUCAAUGUGGUGUUCGUCCUCAUUAUAAAAGUGGAAGAAUCGUUGGUGGCAAAGCAUCAGCAUUCGGUGAGUUUCCCUGGCAAGUGCUGGUAAGAGAAUCAACAUGGUUGGGAUUAUUUACGAAAAAUAAAUGCGGUGGCGUCUUGAUAUCAAACAACUAUGUAGUCACAGCAGCACAUUGUCAACCUGGUUUCUUAGCAUCACUUGUAGCUGUUUUUGGAGAGUAUGACAUCUCAGGUGAUUUAGAAUCGAAGCGUUCGGUAUCAAAGAAUGUCAAACGUGUCAUUGUUCAUCGUCAAUAUGAUGCUGCAACAUUUGAAAACGAUUUAGCUAUUUUAGAGUUAGAAUCACCGAUUCGUUACGACACACAUAUAGUUCCAAUUUGCAUGCCACCUGAUGGAGCAGAAUUUACUGGAAAAGUGGCCACUGUCAGUGGGUGGGGACGACUCAAAUACGGUGGAGGUGUCCCUUCAGUACUACAAGAAGUUCAAGUUCCCAUCAUAGAGAAUUCUGUGUGUCAAGAAAUGUUUGCUGCUGCAGGUCAUACAAAGAAAAUUCUCUCAUCGUUCCUCUGUGCUGGUUACGCGAAUGGUCAGAAAGAUAGUAAGUGGGAUGGUGACUCUGGUGGGCCGCUUGUGAUGCAAAGAUCUGAUGGUCGUUAUCAGUUAGUUGGAACGGUUUCUCAUGGCAUUAAAUGCGCAUCACCGCUUUUACCUGGAGUUUAUAUGAGAACAAACUUUUACAAGCCAUGGAUAAAAAGCAUAACAGGAAUUAAAUAA